GAGGCACAACCACCUGAGCUGACCAAAGCAGGAGACUUUGUCACAGGUGGAAUUUUUACCUUUCGUACUGGAUACAGAGGCAGCGUGCCCACCUUUCAAACUGUACCCGAUCCUCCAACGUGCCUGGACAUCAAUGUAAGAGAAUUCAAAUUUGCCCAGACCAUGAUCUUUGCAAUUGAGGAAAUAAAUCAAAAUCCUGCUAUUCUUCCUAACCACACAAUGGGCUACAAUAUAUACAAUUCCUGUGGAAUGACAAACAUUAUGAGGUCUGCUUUAGUUUUAGCCAACGGGCAGAGGGAGAUCAUAGAUGAGAGAAACUGUACAAAGGCUGACACUGCGCAGGCGAUACUUGGUCACUCUGGCUCUGCACCUACGGUGGGAUUUGCUCGAAUUAUGGGAAGGUUCCAGAUACCAGUGCUCAGCCACUUUGCGACCUGCGCAUGUCUCAGCAACAGAGAGGAGUUUCCAUCCUUCUUCCGAACUAUUCCCAGUGACCUCCACCAGGGCAGAGCCCUGGCGAAGCUGGUCAAGCAUUUCAGUUGGACCUGGGUGGGGGCAAUUAGUAACAAAAAUGAAUAUGGCAUCAACGGGAUCACCACAUUUAUACAAGCUGCACAAGAAGAAGGGGUGUGCAUAGAGUAUUAUCAGGCAUUUGAGCAAACAGGUCCGCUUCAUGAGUUAGCAAAAGUAGUUGAAUCUGUGAAGCACUCUACCUCUAAGGUAAUUGUGGCCUUCAUGUCCCACAGAGAGGUCAAUGUGCUGGUGACUGAGUUAUUCAGACAGAACAUUACAGGGCUGCAGUGGGUUGGCAGUGACGCCUGGAUCACAGAUGACUCUCUGACUGACAGUGAGGGACACAGCCUCCUGGUGGGCUCGCUAGGCUUCACUGUCAGCAAAGCUAAGAUCCCGGGGCUGGAGGAGCACCUGAGGCAACUCCACCCUUCACAGUUUCCUGACAGUCAGUUUGUCAGAGAUUUCUGGGAAGACGUGUUUGACUGCGCUCUGAAUAACACUGCAAACACACAAAGAAAGCCAUGCAGCGGCUUUGAGAGCUUGCAGACUUUUGAAUCAUAUUUUACAGAUGUCUCUGAGCUGAGAUUUACUAAUAAUGUAUACAAGUCAGUUCACACAGUGGCUCAUGCUCUCCACAGCCUGGUCACGUGUAAAGAGGGUAGGGGCCCCUUCUACAACGGGAGCUGUGCUGACACUGGACACAUUCAACCAUGGCAGGUGCUGCAUUAUUUACAGAAUAUCAACUUCACAACAAAUCAGGGGGAAAGAGUGACUUUUGACCAGAAUGGAGAUUCACCUGCAAGAUAUGAACUUGUAAAUUUACAACAUGUGACCUCAAGGACCUUGCAUGUCGCCACAGUUGGUGUUUUUGAUUCCACUCUGCCCAGUGAGCGUCAAUUUAUAAUGAAUGGAAUGAACAUAGUUUGGGGAGGAGGAAGUCAUACGGUGCCCGUGUCAGUGUGCAGUGAGAGCUGCCCCCCGGGAAAACACAAAGUCCUUCAGAAAAGAAAACACAUUUGCUGUUAUGACUGUAUACCGUGUGCAGAAGGAGAAAUCAGCAAUAUUCCAGACUCCAUGGAGUGCUUCAAAUGUCCCAUUGAUUAUUGGCCGAAUACCAGAGGAGACGUGUGCAUCUUGAAGGAAAUUGAAUAUUUGUCUUAUGCAGAGAUUAUGGGUAUCAUGUUAACAUUCUUAUGUUUGAUGGGGGCGAUUGUGACAACUGUAAUAGCGUUGGUUUUCUUUCACUUCCGGGAAACUCCUAUUGUCAGGGCCAACAACUCUGAGCUGAGCUUCCUGCUGCUCUUCUCCUUGACUCUGUGUUUCCUGUGUUCUCUGACCUUCAUAGGCCGGCCCACUGAGUGGUCCUGCAUGCUGCGACACACAGCAUUCGGCAUCACCUUUGUCCUCUGUAUCUCUUGUGUUCUGGGGAAGACUAUUGUGGUGUUAAUGGCCUUCAGGGCCACACUUCCAGGUAGUAAUAUGAUGAAAUGGUUUGGGCCUGCACAGCAGAGACUCAGUGUUCUGUUUUUCACUCUCAUACAGGUUCUUAUUUGCAUUCUUUGGCUGACAAUCAACCCUCCAUUUCCAUUUAAAAAUAUGAACCACUAUAAAGAAAAGAUUAUUCUUGAAUGUGCACUGGGAUCAUCUGUAUGGUUCUGGGCUGUUUUCGGAUAUAUAGGGCUCCUAGCUGUGUUAUGUUUUGUACUUGCUUUUUUGGCUAGAAAGUUGCCUGAUAACUUCAAUGAAGCUAAAUUCAUCACCUUUAGCAUGUUAAUAUUCUGGUCAGUCUGGAUUGCAUUUAUUCCAGCAUAUGUCAGCUCUCCAGGAAAGUUCACUGUGGCGGUGGAAAUAUUUGCUAUUAUUGCCUCCAGUUAUGGACUUCUUUCCUGCAUUUUUAUCCCUAAAUGUUAUGUUAUUUUACUGAGACCAGAACAAAAUACCAAAAGGCACAUAAUGGGCAAAACAAAAGAUAUUCAAUGUUAG